AUGAGGCGAGAUCAUAUAAUGCCGGCAGAUCGGAUCGGUAAAAGGAGACGAGGAGAGAAACAAGUUAAGAACGAGAAGAAUAAUAAGGAUCCAGCUCUUUUCUGGCGUACCCCCCGAGUCACAGCUCUGCUCGUAUCUCCGAUGCGGUUGGCUAACUCGCCCCAGGUGCCGACAAACUCGUCCACCUCGUAUCGGUCUUCUUGCUCCACACUGCUCGUAUCGGUGCAGGGCAUCCCUCCAGUGAUAGUGCUAGUGGCCAUCAACCGGGUUCAUUUUAAAGCUACUAAUUUGAAUAAAAUCGCAGUGUGUCUGAUAGUCCUAGCCUCGGUGUCUUGUGAGGACUCUGCGUCUUCGGGGGACUCAAACUCAGCGGUCCCGGUAACGGCGAGCAACACGAUCCAGAAGCUAAGGAAAAUCCUGGAGAAAUUCGGCGAGGAGCAGCAGCGCGGUCUCAAGCGUGUCUUUCUAAGUAAUCGAUCGAUCACAUGUAAUGACGGCUCGCAAGCCGGAUUUUAUCUUAGGAAAUCCCACGGUUCUAAGAAAUGGAUUGUGUUUCUCGAGGGCGGAUGGUGUUGCUUCGAUCAGAAGACCUGUCGACACAGGUGGAUCAAAUUGAGGAAUUAUAUGACAUCUACCAAUUGGUCGGAAACUCGAGAUGUUGGUGGCAUUCUGUCCUUAAAUCCUCAAGAAAAUCCUUAUUGGUGGAACGUCAAUCACGUAUAUGUACCCUACUGCACAAGUGACAGCUGGAGCGGCACCAGGUCGUUUCCGAACGAGAUGUUUUCAUUUAUGGGAGCUGAAAUAGUCUCCCAAGUGAUUAGGGACCUGGUACCACUUGGUCUGGACACCGCGAGCAGUCUGAUGCUUGCAGGAAGCAGCGCGGGCGGAAUGGGAGUGAUGUUGAACCUAGACCGGGUCCAGAAUCUGAUCCACCAUGAGCUGGGUCUGACUAACACCGUUGUUAGAGGAGUCAGUGACUCAGGAUGGUUCUUGGACCAAGAACCGUAUCCACCAAGUGGCGGAUUAUUGCCCGGAGAAACUGUAAAAAUGGGCAUGGAGCUCUGGCGCGCUCGAAUGCCCACCAAUUGCGUAGCUCAAUAUCCGAAGGAACCGUGGAAAUGUUUCUUUGGAUACAAGCUGUACCCAACGCUAUCGACACCAUUGUUUAUAUUUCAAUGGCUUUUUGAUAAAGCGCAAAUGAAAUUCAACAACGUUGGUACACCCUUGAGUAAGGAACAAUGGGAUUAUAUCCACAGAAUGGGUCGAAUUGUACGUCAAACGCUUGAUAAUGUCACUGCUGUAUUUGCGCCGAGCUGCAUAAGUCACAAUGUAUUAACAGCUCGUGAGUGGCAGCAGGUGAAAAUUAAUCAAGUUACUGUACCUCAAGCGUUACAUUGUUGGGAAAGAAGUUUUUCGCAUCGUAGCCAUGGUUUCAGCAGCAGCACACAAGUUGAAACUAAUCAAACUUGUACAAGGCCAAUUACAAAUCCGUCAUUGCGGACGAAUGAAACGAAGAAAAACACGACUCUGGCAACAUCUGCUGUCAGUGGAAAUAAUGAUAAUGGAAGAAAAGAUGAUGAUACAGGUGUUAAUAUAAAGCAAAACAUAAAUGUACUUGGGAGAAAAAAUCGUGUUAAAGGUACGAUGAGCCACAACAAUAACGGUUCGAUUGACGGCAGAGGCAAUAAAAAAAGGAAACGUAGGAGAAAACAUAAAGAUAAUAAACGUCAGAGGGAACGUAACAGAAAUGGAAAAAAUAGAGAGAGAAAGGAUAAGCGACAGAGGAGGAAAGAAGAGCGGAAAAAAAAUAACAACAAAUAUAUAAGCGGUAAUAAUCAUCGCACAAUGUUGAACGACACACGACCACAACGUUCGUUGUUACCGAGCGGUAACAAAAAAGAAAUAAAAUGCAUCGCGCAUAAUUGUCAUCACCGUCACACCGAUAAUUGCUCUUGGCCACAGUGUAAUCACAGUUGUCCAAAACUUCACAAUCCGUUCACCGGAGAAGAAAUGGACUUUAUAGAAUUAUUAAAGAGCUUCGGACUGGACAUGAAAAGCGUCGCUAUCGCCCUUGCUCGGUCAACACAGUGCGGCAAGGUAUGGUUGACGGUAUCGUCGCUCUGGCGACCGAUUGCUGCGAGUGAUAAAGUUAUUGACGCGGAGCUUGAAGUUAAUUGGGAUUUAGAUUGUCCAACAAAUAUCGAGCCUCCCGACACUAUUAAAGUCUUCAAUGCCGAUCCAAUUCAUAACAAGAGCUUGCAGCCUGAAUUGAUACUGACACUCGCCGAACAUCCGGAAGGUUAUUAUCGUACAAAUAUUGAGGUCGGAAGGCCUUCUCUACCAGGUGGUUGGGAUGCUACUGGCGGUGCAACACUCCCAGGACCACAUUGCUUGAAGCAUUACGCAGCUUUGUACAAAAAUAAUAUUUUUUUGACCAGUUCGUGCUUGCAAAUUUGGCCCACUUGGAUGUACGACCUCAGACGGCAACUGGGAAGACUACCAAUAGGAAGUUUGAUGAUUCCCGGGACCCACAACUCGGGUUGUUACAAACACGAAGACUUGACGCGAAAAGACGCCUUCCAAAAGUAUUUAUUGACCCAAGAUCGUGAUGUAUGGACGCAAUUGGUUCACGGGAUCCGAUACCUCGAUAUCAGAGUAGGCCAUUAUCCUCCGCCGAUGCAUAAUGGCUCUCACAGCGCCGACGACGCUAAUCAUACCUCAGGAAGACGAUUAGCGAUAAUGCUGUACCGCGAAUUCGGCGGAUUGAUAUUAAAGCCCAGCCGAGGAGUCGACGGUCUCGGACCGACGUUAAAUGAAAUCUGGAAUAGCGGCCGGAGAUUAAUUAUUUGCUACGGCGACAAGCACACCGUAAAUGAGUUUGACUGGCUGUGGCCGCCGUUAACACAAGUUUGGGGUAAUCAACAAACAGCCCAGGGUCUCUUUGAAUACCUAAACAGUGUGAUAAUGGGUCCAGAGAGAAAGCCAAGAAAUACGCUAAAUCCUCUUUGGGCUAUAAUGGCCGAGCUUACACCACGACCUUUUGAUAUAAUAUUUAAUCCGAACGGCGCUGGGCUUAGACAGAUGGCAGAUGCCGUAAAUCGGAAUCUUUCCAGUUUAUUUCAAAAUGAAUGGUGGAAGCAGACUAAUAUAGUAGCGACAGACUUUUUCCUCGGUAAUAAUCUCAUCCAAGUGUCCAUUCAGUCCAACAUUAAGAAAAGUAAUAUUGCUCAAUGGAGCUUUUCAUAA